UACCCACGCGAUGUCUUGGAAGUUUUUUGUUUAUUUUGCCAAUCCGUCUGGGACUGUGUAAAAAAAUCUGGAAUAAAGGAAUUUCCGCUAUAUUCCGCUAAUUAAUUCAUAAAAAAUGACGGAACGAAAUAUCGAGCUUCAAACCACCUUGGUGCGGUACAACAAUCCCGUUUUGGUGGUAAAGCACACGGAGAAGAAGGACACACCUCCGGAUGUGGCGAAGGAGCAAACGGGACGUCCCGGUUCCGGCGGAGCUGUUGUUGUCGAAAGCCCACGGGAGACCGAAGAAAUUCUCAACUGUAUUCUACCGCCAAAGACUUGGGAAGAGGAUGGGCAGCUAUGGACCCAGACCGUUUCCAGUACGCCAGCUACUCGACAGGAUGUGAUCAACUUGCAGGAAAUGUUGGACACAAGACUUCAGCAAACUCAGGCCCGCGAAACGGGAAUAUGUCCGGUGCGUAGAGAGCUGUACACGCAGUGCUUCGAUGAGCUGAUCCGACAGGUCACGAUCAACUGCACCGAACGUGGGCUGCUGCUGUUGAGAGUUCGCGAUGAGAUUGCCAUGUCGAUGGAAGCGUACGAAACGCUCUACUGCAGUUCGGUGUCCUUUGGAAUUCGGAAGGCCCUGCAGGCCCAGGAAGGCAAGGAGAAACUUCAGGAACGGAUACAGCUGCUCGAGAAGGAGAAGGAAACGCUGGAAAAUUCUAUCAGUGAUAUGAAGAUCAAGGCGGACCAAGCCGAACGAAGAAAUGCCGAGUUGCGGGCGUCCGAGGAGAAGAAGCAUGCCGAGGAGAUUGCCUUCCUGAAGAAGACCAAUUCGCAGUUGAAGGCUCAACUGGAAGGAAUUAUCGCCCCUAAAAAGUAA